CUGUUUGUUUACCUCCGGGAGAAGAAGAAGAAGAGGCCUCCGGAACGGUCCGCGGCGGGAGAUUCUCUGGUGUGGAUAAUAAGGCAACACACACACACACACACACACACGCAGCUUGAUAAAGGAAGAGUACAUGAAGACACAAGAUAAGCCUGGCCUAGUCCUGCACACCUCAACCCGGGCACUGUAGGCCUUGAGCUGAAGCUUAUAGUGUCCACGAACUAUAGAUGCCAGCACAAUGCCAACCUGUGCUGCACGAGGCUGCAAGAACAGGAGUUGCCGAGGCAUUAAGGCUACCUUCCACAUUUUCCCGAAAAACCCUAAGAUGCGACAAAAAUGGAUCCCUGUUACUGGCCGGAAGAAUUGGAUGCCAGGGCUGCGUGCGGUACUCUGCUCGGACCACUUUGAGGAACCUUGUUUCGACCGCACUGGCCAGACCACCAGACUCAGGUUUGGGGCCAUACCGACCAUUGGUAAAUUUGCACCGAAGAACAAGAAGAAGGAAAUAUUCAUCAAGUUGGAGCAGGAGGAUGAGCCUGAGAGACAGCCAGCCCCCAAGGCACCAGCAGGCAAGAUGGGCAUUACCACACGCUCCGGCAAACAGUUGAGAGGCCAAGCGAUAGCAGCAGCAGUGGCGAGGACUCUCAAGAAGGACCUGUCGGAGAAUGAAGUGGAACCUGCUGACCCAGACGACCCUCCACCACCAACACGAUCAACACAACCACCAGCAUCAUCACCACCACCACCACCAGUAUCAUCACCAACACCAGCAUUAUCACCACCACCACCACCAGCAUCAUUACCACCGCCUCAACCACCACUACCACCCUCUGAGCCACCCACAGAAAACAGGGGGGCGGAAGUGGCACUACCUGACCACUUUUAUUGCCGCACUCAGAAUGAAAUGGAUGCCCUGCUGAAGAAAAGUGAACAGAAGAUUGAAUAUCUUAGAAUGAAGUUGGAUUACCUGAGUAGCUCCAACAAGGCUGUGAAAGAGGAGCCCCCAGCCUGGCCACAGUUUCGUCGUGUGACACUGGAGAAAGAGGCGGAGAAAAUCAAGGCGAUGGUGAAGGCUGGUUCAAAACCACGCAGUAAAGGCAACGGCAAUUCUGAGGAACUCAUUGAAAGUGAGGAACAACUUAAAGAAAGAUUAACGGAGGCAGAAGAUCUUCAGAGGCAGAUAAAGAGUCAGCAGCAGAAGAACCGUAGAUCGAAAAAACGCUCCAAGGCCAAGUUUAUCCGUUAUGUGGUGAUGAUUGAACCGACCAGCAAGUCUGGGAAGAAGAAGGGCACAGCAGCUGCUCAGAAGGAAGGGGAGGAGGAGGAGACAGCCAAGGAGACAGAACCAGCCGCUGCAGUAGAACAGGUCUCUUCCCUCCAGGACUCCAUUCUGUCACACACAGCAUCCAUGGUGGUAGGGCCAAAUGGUCUGCUGGAUGAAAAGGACAAGCAGAUACAGGAUCUUCAGAAGAAGCUGAAAAUUGCUAAACAGAAGGAGAAGAGGAAGAAUGAACAGUUGGAGCAUCUUCAGGAAGUCAUAGAGAUGCUGAAGGAGAAGUGCCCCGAGUACUCAAGUCAGAAAGAACUAGUGUCCCUGGAACGCUGCUCCCUGUGCCACUCUCCCUUGCUCAAACAGUGCCAUAGAAUAGCUGAAAACUUGGUUGCUUCCGACAUGGCAGUGGACCAAGUGUCUGAACCUCUCUGACACUUAAAGCCUGCCGAGUGCCAUCCUUUGCCACCCUCACAGCUCAAGUCUCAUGGCCUAUGAUCGCUUAAGUCACAGAGCUGGCCGUGCCCUAAUAGUGGAACUCUGCUGUGCCCUGAUUGUUGGUCACUAGUAAGCAGAAGCAAAUUGAAACAAAGGAGUUUGCUGGUGCAUAAUUUAUGGCCUCCAUACAGAUAAAGGUAUAGAUUGGCUUCUUUUUGAGAUUUCAGCUUGUAGUAAACUUAUUUUUGCUAUUAGUUUUUGCUAUACACACUCAUUGUCCUGGGCGACUUCAAUGCUACUACUAGCAUUGACAGGGUUGGGUAAGAGCUUUCUGUUGGUCCCCUUGGAUCUGGUACCAAGAACAUCAACAGCUUUCUCCUCCUGAAUUUUGCAAAAUCCAGAAGGUUGAGAAUUGCGGGUUCCUGGUACCAGAGACCAGAGCUGCACCGCUGCACUUGGUAUAGCGAUGCUGGAGGGGUAGCUAAGGAGAUCGACCACAUUCUCGUAAAUACUCGGUGGAGGAUCCUUCAGAACUGCAGGGUUCACCGGAGUGCUGAGUUCUUUGCAACUGACCAUAGGCUUGUUGUUGCGACACUCAAGCUUCAUGUCAGGUCAAGAAGAAUUUUGAGAUGCAACACUACUGUGUUCCAUCUCGAGAAGCUGAAGGACCUGGCAUGUGCUCAGGAGUAUGCAGUGACAGUCUCAAAUCGGUUUGAAGUGCUCGGCACUCUGGAGGACCCUGUAGAACUGUGGGAUACCUUCAAACGUGAGACUCUGCAAACUGCCAAGGAGUGCAUUGGAGAGCGCCCGAGAUCUAGGAAUGGCUUUGCCUCGGUGGAGACGCUGGAGAAUAUCGAGGAGAGUCGUGCUGCCAGACUCGCUGGGAACCGGGACCAAUACAGGGCUCUGUCACGUAGGACUAGAGCUCUCCUGAGGAGAGACAAGGAGAGGUAUGUCAGGGGUCUCGCCGAGGAGGUCAAGGGCCAUUUAAAUGCGAAUGACCUCGGACCUGCCUACCAAGCCCUGAAGAAGCUACGCUCCAAGUCUUCCUCUCAGGUGAGCACUAUCUGAACAGCUGACGACUGCCUCAUGUCAGACAUGGAUGGGCAGAGGGCUCGUUGGGCUGAGUACUUUGAGCACUUGCACAUGGCGGACCCUCCACGUGGGCAGCUUCCAGUUGCUGGGUUACAGGUGGCGGAUGCUGACCCACCCAUUGACGAAAGCCCAUCCUCUCUGAGUGAGGUCAGAGAGGCUGUGGCCAAGUUGAGGGGUGGAAGGCACCUGGCACCUGUAACAUCAGUGCAGAGCUGCUCAAAGCUGGUGGUGAGGCCAUGAUCCGCGGGUUGCAAGCAGUCUUGACUGCCGUAUGGCAGUCCGGUACCAUUCCUCCUGACUGGAAGAGGGGGUUGGUCGUCCCUAUCUGGAAAGGGAAAGGGGACCGCCAAGACUGCAACAACUACCAUGGUAUUACACUGCUCAGUGUGCCAGGCAAGGUGCUUGCCCACCUAUUGCUGAUGCGAAUUCACAGACCUGAACAGUCUGGGUUCACGCCUGGUAAGUCAACAACUGACCGUAUCUUAGCACUUCACAUACUGGCGGAGCACCAACGUGAGUUUCAACAAGGGAUGCUUGCAGCCUGUUGUCGAUCUCAAGAAGGCGUUUGAUUUAAUGCAUCGUGAGGCACUCUGUGAUCUUCUGUGACUACGUGGGAUUCCUGCGAGGACUAUUGGUUUGCUAACUGGCCUGUAUUCUGGGACAGAGAGUGCUGUGAAGUGUCGGGGGGGGCUUGUCCAGCUUCUUUCCAGUGAAUGCAGGAGUGAGGCAGGGCUGUGUUCUUGCCCCAUCGCUUUUCAACACUUGUAUGGACUGGGUACUGGGCAGAGUUGUGGACCAGAGUCACUGUGGAGCAUCCAUUGGCAAUACCAGGGUCACUGACCUUGUUUUUGUUGAUGAUGCAGUAAUCCUAGCGGAGUCGCUGGAGGUUUUGGUGAUGGCUCUUGAUGUACUGCACGAGGAGGCGAAGCCCUUGGGACUUCCGGUCUCCCGGGCCAAGACCAAGGUGCAGUUGUUUGAAGGCUUGCUGGAUGACACAGUACAGUCUGUUCAUGCAUGUGGUGAGGACGUUGAGAUCUCAGAAAAUUAGCGUAGUUCAUAACAACGGUGAGUCUAGCCAGGAAGUCUUACGACGGAUUGGUCUGGCCCACGGUGUUAUGGACUCGUUCAACAUGAGUAUAUGGCAUUGUCGAUACCUGUGCAGAAGGACGAAGAUCCGAAUGUUAAAGUCCCUUGUGCUCCCUGUCUUACUCUAUGGUUGUGAGACAUGGACACUAAAUGGAGACUUGGAGAGGCGGAUUGAUGCCUUUGGUAAUAAGUGUCUACGCAGAAUCAUGGGAUAUCGCUGGAAUGACUUUGUGUCAAACCAGCGAGUUUGAGUCGACAUAUGAGGCGCCGCUUGGAAUAUUGGGGUAAGUGCCAACCACGUGAGUUUGGAGUUACGAUCACAUACUACUAUUUUGACCCUUCCUCUUUUAUCCAAGCAAGUCGUUUACCCCAAAUCAACACUGGAAAUAGGGUAAAAGUCUCGGGAAAAACAUAUCUCGUUCAAACGUAUGGUCCGCGCGAGGUAGGGUGGGCAUGCUGGCAUGGAGUAAUGGUGUAAGUCCCCAGCGGGCUCUGGGAGGAAGUGAUGCAGUUGCCAUGUCUAGCUGAUCUAAUUAAUUUUUUGUACAAUUUCUAACUUUGUUUGAUAUUUAAUAGCUGACUUAAUGUACUUUUGUUUGUUGUACUUUUUUUAAUUGACUAGUGACAAUUUUUAACUAGUUCUUUCUGAGUAAACAUGACAAGCUACAUUAAUUACAACAAUUUGCAUUAUCUUCCGACUUCCGACUGCUCUAAAUCCCAGUAAAUCACAAUAAGAGUUAAAAAAAUACUUCUGGUGGAUUUUCUUUUUUUUAAAACCCAGGGUGUUUAUUUUUUAUGUUUCUUUUUCCUUUUUUCUUUUUGCGCUUCGUACUUAACACAGGCAGUUUUGUCUUUACAUAAGCUUCAUUUUGUUAUCAAAAUGAUGAUUCUAGCUUUAAAACCAACAAAAAAAAUUGCAAUUUGAAGUUGCAAAAACUUCAACUGCGAUUUCUAAGGUUUUUAAAAAUUGGCGCUUACCCCAAUAUUGCUCGCAUAGUCCGUCAACGCCAACUCCGGCUAUACAGGCACGUGGCACGUUUUCCAGAAGUUGAUCCUGCUCAUCAGGUUGUCUCUGUAAGAGACAAUCCUGAAUGGAGGAGGCCAAGGGGACGCCCACGGAGUUCAUGGCUUGAGCAAGUUGAUAGAUCCAGCCAGGAGGUCCUCGGGCUGGGAAGGGGACCUGCAUGGAGACUCGCCCAGAGAGACCCCCGGGCUUAGCGUCGUAGGGUGGGCGAGGCGCGCCCCCCGGUGUAAGCCCCCAUUGAUUGAUUAUUAUUAUUAUUAUUAUUGUCAUUAUCAUUAUUGUUAUUACUACCAGUGAAGAAGGUAUUAUUAUUAUUUUUAUUAUUUGUUUAUAAUAAUUAUUUUUAUUAUGAUUAUUAUCAUUAGUAUUAUUACAUUAAAUCCUUUUUACCUAACCCUCUCAUGCAUCGUGACACGAAUCGUGUCAAUAACUAAUCGUCUACAUCACAGUUAUUGAUGUGAAUUGCUUCAAAAACAAAACAAAUUUGCCAAAAAUAAAGUUUUAGUCAGAAUUCCAUCAAAAUUUGGUGUGUCAGAGAUCCAAGCUAGGUCUAUUGAAGAAACUAAUUGUCAACUUUCGAGUGCGUGGAUUAGAAGUGAUAAUAGAAAUAAAUAUAUACUUAUAAUACA